AUGGCUAUAACAUCGACCAUGAUAUUUUAUUGGUCGAAUGCUGAUCUCCUGUUUCUGGAAGAGGAGUUGUUUUCUCUCUUUGCAGAGAAUGCCAGAUUGUUUGGCACCGGUAAACCAUCGUCGGACAGGGUCAGAAUAAUAUUCUCCUUUCGCGUCACGCCAACGAAGGGUGGUUGGGAUCGGUAUAGGCGCUGGGGAAGGCUGAUGAGCGGGCUGAUGCGAAGGGCUGAGCGCGAUCGCCGCCCUUGGCAGCCGGGAUCUCAGCAGGGCGAGCUGGGAUCUCUCUCCAGGAAGACCCAGACACUAGGGACCUCCUGCGUCCCGCAGAAACCCACCUGUCUCUGCCUCACGCGUUCGAGCUGUGGCCCGCAAGGGGGCGCGACGGCAGCCCGUGACAAGCUCUCUUCUUGUCAGCGUCUCAACAAUUGCUUACAAACGCCCCCCCGGCCCUGUGUUUCCUUGCUCCAGGCUGUCUGGGGGCGUGCUGGCGUGAUCUUCCCCGGCCUGUUUAUGUCCACUGCAACCCGCGUCAAGAAAUCAGGUGAAGAGCGUGUCAGCAAUCUCGCCAGUCAUAUCAUCGACGAUUCUGCUUUGCACCUACGUGAAUCGCGUGGUUCGUGUCUUGUCCACGGCAACAGCUCCGCGAAUUCCGUGUCCAAAGUCGCUUUGCAUCGUUUGUUUUUCGGAGUUUACGAUUCGCGGCCAGAUGUCCCUUCCUCGCUGACGACUACACGCCCAUUGAUCGAAGUCCGCCCAGCAAUCGGGUCACAAUGUGGAUGGAACCUCGUUCAUACAGGACGGCAGUGCUCAGCUGAGGUGGUGUUCGACGCUACUCGUGUUCCGGGCCAGGAUGGAGCAUGUGGCCACGGCAUCGCCGCUACCGGCUUUGCUCUUGGUUGCCAGGAACGACGCUCCUUCUCUGCUUCUGUCGCCAGACGCAGGAAUACUAUAUCUCGAUGCACCCAAUCCUCCUAUCCAGCAACGCCUACGGAUACAAAUGGACCUCCUCGCGCCGGACAAUUCGUAACAGAUGCACCGAGCAAUUGCACUGCCCACGGGAAUGAUGCGCAGGCAGACAGUGGGCGACAGAUCAUUGGAGACCAGGGGUUGACAAAGCCGGCGCUAUUUCAGAGGAGAAGGGAGCGUCGUCGGCGACAAACCUAUUCAAAUCCUCCCCUCAAACCUUCUAGCGAUUUUCCCUCGCCGGCACCAAACACAGCGCGACCAGCGACUUCGUGGUUGCGGCGGUUAUCAGCCCUCUCAUCCAAUACGGAUAGUCCAUUGUCAAGUCCAAGGCCAGCAUCCUCGUCGAUGCAUGGGUCGACUGCGCCCAUAAGUCCUCGGGCUGAGCAACCUUCCCGGGGGCCCAACAAACUUGUGAAACGUUCAACUUCGCAGCAUUCGAUCUCUCAACCGAGUGGUCGGACGUUCACCUUUCGUCGACCCGCUACGAGUCAUCAGAGAUCGGCGGACAUGGAAUAUUUAGCAACCCUGAAAAGCAAUGAGGAACUUCCACGGACUCCCGCCACGCUCGAGGGCUCACGCGGACUUGCGAGUCAAAAUGGAGCUGACAAUAUCUGGAGACCGUAUUUUGGUUCUUCUCGGAACGAAGCGUUCGAAAAGCCUCCUGGGACAUUCUCGACAUCAAUUAGGCCGAAAGACCCGCCAAUUCAGCUCAUUACACCAGACCGUAGCAAAUACCCGACUUUGAUGCUCUCUACAUCUCUCGACUCGCGGAAGCCUAGACAUGCCUCCGUGAUAGAAACUCCGAUCCCUUCAUCGCAUCUGCAAUUUAACGAUCCCUUCCAGCUGGCUAAGGAUACCACGGACAACGCCAACUCCCCGGCCCCCAAAGACCAGCAGGAACCAAGGCAUUCAUUCUCGUUUAAUGAUAUGACCGGGGGUAGUUCGAUAUCCCAAGUGGCAUCGAAGACAGGGACCCUCCACAGUCCGAAGGAUGACCCAGUGUUCCACUCGAAAACUAGAAAUGUGUCAAAUCCUCUGCCUCAGCGUUCGGAAAGUUUGGACCCAAAUGCGCCCGUCACACCUCGAUUGCGUAGGAAGAGAAACUUUACCGACUCCAGUGUCUUCCGUCGCCCUCAAACGGCUCCACACGGGGAAUUCUCCAUUCUAAAAUCGUCACAGUCCCGAGAAUCCCAUCCCAACCCGGUCUUUGCUCCUUUUGGCAUGUACGCGCCUACGGAAAUAACACCGGGUUAUCUAAAUGGCCAGGUCAACAAUGGAUCGAUCCAUCAGAGUCCACCGAACCUCCAAGGUCCGGGUUCUCCGCCAAUUGUCCGAUACCCCCGGAUCAAGCGCCUAUCGGUGACUACAUCCGACCGGGCAUCGACAGUGAUCGGUUCCGAUGAUACUCGUAUCUUCACUUCCGGAGACGAGGACGAGACAGAUUUCCAGAGCGAGUCGGUCUUUGAUUCGUUCCGUACGCGCAUCACAGCCAGCAGCCUUUCUGGACGCCGCGGCCCGAAUAUUGAAACAAUAUUCCAAGACAUUCCAGCGGCCGAGAUUGUGAAAGAUAAACCGGCAACUUUUGAUGACUUUGUAUUGCCGGAUUCGUUCUUGUCACAGUCAACGCCUCAAUCGCCUUCUUCCAUCAGUAACCUAAACUCCGUUAGUACGCCUGUUCCUGUAUCCCAUGUUAGGGAUGAAGAUGAAACCCCGACUCCAUCGGCGAAAACUGUGUCAAGAAUUACCAUACCGUCGUCCCCAUCAAAAUCUGCGGAGUUUCAACGGGCCUAUCAGGGGGGAUCGGCAUUAAUAGGAGAAGGGAAACAGCAAGACGUGCCGUCGAGUCCUCCGUUUCGGGCAGUUGAGGACAUGGAAGAUGUCAAACUCGAGAUAUCUCCCAAAACACUCCCAGAGUCUUUGCCAGCUACCGUUUCUCGAUCUGAUGCUUCUGUGCUGACGAGGAAAACAUCUGGCAUUGGAACCAAGGCGAGCGUUUUUGACUGGUCUGAACCAUCACUGAAUGAACGUGAUAUGCAAAACUCGAACAAUCGUCCGAGAACUGUUGAUGGAAAACAGUGCACUGAUGUGAGAAGCAGCCUCGGUCCAGGUCGUAAAGCACCAAGUAUGGUGCAUCUACGGAGCCAAAGCGUGCCUGUCUCAAGAGAUUCACCCCCAUCUAAUCAACCUUCAUUAAAGUUUGGCACCUGGAGACUCGGGAAUAAAGGUGUCAGCGAAGACUGGGACGGAGAUUUUGACUUUGGCGAUUCUGACGACCAUUCUGUGGAUGAGGAUGGGAAGAUCGGUUCCGGCGGUCGCGAUCAUCAUCAUACAAUGAAAGUUCCUCAGGCCAUAAUAGAAACUCAGGCCAGUGUGCGUGGUCAGUUUAGCCAGGUCCAAGAGUUGAUGCUCCUGGUCGAAGAGCUCAAACGUCUUCGUAUGCAAGGGAACAUGUUGCGCGUUGUCGAUGGACCGUCAAGCGAGCUCUGGAAGGAAGCAGAGGGGAUUAUCAAUCUCGCAACAGUCGAGGACGAUGAGAACAAUUGCCCUCCUCCACUUUCGCCGUCAUCCCAUCUGAGCUUUGAUAGCUUCGAUUUUGAUUCAUCUCCAACUCAAAAGACGCCUAAACGGAAUGAUAAUGACGUGAGACGACCACCUCUCUCAGACUGGCCCAACCCUAGUCCCAACACUUCCCCUUCUCGGCGAAAUGACACCUCUACAAAAGCAAUGACUGUGCUAGAGACUAUUUCCCAACACCGAGAAUCGUCAGACUCUCACUCGCCUUGCGUGUAUCCGCAGCAGAAGCUGCCAUUUGACACGCAAUCUCUCCGGGAUCUUGUCGUUCGGGCAGGUGUAGUGACACGUGCACUGAAAGAGGUGAUCCGCAAGGCCGAGGGUGUUGAACCCAUUUCUGAACCUCCUUUCCCCCAAGAUCCGCCGUUUAGCCGAAUCUUCGAACAGUCUGCAUGA